CUCAGAGCGGCGUGUCAUGUCUUGUCAACUGUUUGUGUCGUGUGCCUCCGCUGAAAGUCCCUUUGUCCUAGAAGACGACAACAGUUCUCGGCAAGCGCCUGGGGCGAUGCCCACCGCCUGACGGACAGGACGACCCACUGGACGCUUCGGGCCGGGACAGACAGACAGACAGACUCAGCGCAGCACAGAAGAGGGGGACAAAGAAGAGAGAGAAAAGAGGAAGAAGAAGAGGAAGGAGGAGGAGGAGGAGAAGAGGGCAAUGGCGGCCCUCUUGAUGCGAAUCUUCCGUCUGGGUGCGGAGAAGAAGCGUGUGAAGCAGUAUGAGCACCUGCAGAGGGACCUGGACCCAGCCGAGGCCUGGGAGACCCUGGGAGAGCUGGGGGACGGAGCCUUCGGGAAGGUCUACAAGACACGCAAGAGGGAAACUAACGCCUUCGCCGCUGCCAAAGUCAUCGAGGUGCGGGGUGAAGAACAGCUGGAGGACUACAUCACAGAGAUCGACAUCCUGGCAGAGUGUCACCACGGCAAUAUCAUCUCACUGCUGGACGCCAUUUUCUUUGAAGGCUGGCUCUGGAUCCUUAUUGAGUUCUGCCCUGGUGGAGCAUUAGAUGACAUCAUGCUUGAGCUGGAGCGGGGUCUGAAUGAGCAGCAGAUCAGUGAGGUGUGUUGCCAGUCUCUGCAGGCGCUCUCCUACCUGCAUCAGCACCACAUCAUCCACAGAGACCUCAAGGCUGGCAACAUCCUGCUGACCAUGGAGGGAGUCGUCAAACUGGCUGAUUUCGGAGUGUCCGCUAAGAAUGACUAUUCUCUCCAAAAGCGAGCGACGUUCAUCGGCACACCGUACUGGAUGGCCCCUGAGGUGAUCCACUGCGAGACGUCGAAGGACAACCCGUACACCAGCAAGUCGGACAUCUGGUCCCUGGGCAUCACGCUGAUCGAGGCUGCGGAAAUGGUGCCCCCCCACCACUCGCUCAACCCCAUGAGGGUGCUGCUCAAGAUCACCAAGUCCCCUCCACCCACCCUCGCCAACCCACGUCUCUGGUCGUCACACUUCCAGGACUUCCUGCGUCGUGCGCUGCAGAAGACUCCGGAGUCUCGCUGGGCCGCCCAGCAGCUGCAGACACACCCCUUCUCCUGUGCCGGGCGCGACGGCCGCUCCCUUCGGGAUCUCAUUGCCGAGGCCAAGGCUGAAGUCACGGAGGAGAUCGAGGCUGAGUCUCUACUGGAUAUCCAUCGUGCUGUGGAGGACAGCACUGAGCAGGAGAAGAGACCAUCUGUGUGUGGAGACAACAUGGAGGACUUAGUGACCCAGGAGACACCUGAGGCCACCACAUCCACCAAUGCGCCUGAAACUCCAGCACCAGCACCAGAACCCCCAACUUCAGAACCCCCAACUCCAGAACCUCCCACUCCAGAACCUCUCACUCCAGAAUCUUCUACUCCGGAAUCCCCAGCCCCGGAACCCCCCGCUGUGGAACCUGCAACACAGAAUGUUCAGGGCGUUGGCACGGCAACAUCCAGGAAGAGCUCCUCAGCAGGGGACAAGGCCCAGAAGAGGGCCAGGCGCCGGUCGGUGCCAGGGACUCUUCUGUCCUUCCUGUCCCGACGCAAAUCCGGCUUCUGGAGCGAGAGCCCUCUGAAGCAGCAGCAGCAGCAGCAGGACGCAGCCAAAGCCAGCCAAGAGGAGGGCUCCGACAGCGCCGCUACCCCCGCAGCAGAGGAGGGCUCAGACAGCACAGCUCCCCCCGCAGCAGAGGCCGAAGCUGCCCAGGAGGAGUUUGCGUUCAGAGCCAUGCCCGUGGAUGAUGGCUCGCCAGAGGAGCGUGACGUGGCUGCAGUCUCUGGGGCCACGGCAGAGAGGUCGGGCAUCGCCGUGGAGACGGACGGGGCAGAGGGACAGAAGCUUGGACAUGCGGAAGCAGAAGUGUGUCAGCCAUUGGAGACAGACACACCUCCUGCGUUAGAUACACACACACCUCCAUCAGAUACACACACACCUUUGUCAGAUACACACACACCUCUGUCAGAUUCACACACACCUCCGUCAGAUACACACACACCUUUGUCAGAUACACAACCACCUCCUGCAUCAGACACACAAACACCUCAUCCGUCAGAAACAUCCACACCUCCAGCACCAGAUAGACACACACCUCCUCCAUCAGAAACACACACACCUCCAGCACCAGACACACACACACAUCCACCCCCUGCAUCAGACACCCAGAGCUGCGCUGAAACACUAGUCGCUAUGGUCCCAGACACGACCCUUCCUGUUACGCCACAAACCUCAGACAGUGAUGGCAACACCACUUCCAAACAGGAAGUGAUGCAAGCCCACAUAUCUGCGCAGAGCUCUGCAUCAUCUACACUGACGUCCCAGCCAAUCAGCAUCUCUGACUCAUCGGUGACCACAGACCAGUGUGACGACACAGGAAGUUCUCUGCUUCCUGCCCUCACGCUGGAAAAGCCCCAGACUGCCCCAUCACAGGAGCACACGGGGGCAGUUGUCGGGGACUACCUGGACCUGGCCACCUGCCCGAGGCCCGCCAGAGGCGUGAGCAAGCAUCCGCCGCUAGCGGACCUCGCCGCUAACGCCAGUGAAGAUCUGCAUAAGCUAGGGACGGAGGAAGAGCAGGGAGGUGGACAGCUGACGACGGGGCAGGAGGAGGAGAAGGAGGAAGAGGAGGGUGGAGUAGGAAGAGGAGAGGAUGAGGAGGGUCAGGAACACGGCCGAGGGGAGGGUGGAGGUGCCCCAGGAGAGAGAGGGGAAGGGGACGAGGUGGAGGAGGCGGAUGAGAAGCCAGAAACUGCCCCUGAGCCCCAGGUCACCAGCACUGAGCCCAAGGUCACCCAAGUGGAGCCCAAGGUCACCCAAGCGGAGCCCAAGGUCACCCCAGCGGAGCCCAAGGAGAGCUCCGCGUGUGUUGGUGAACCCUCAUCACUGCCAGAGGACACGUCAGACACAUCUGCCACAUCGGCAGAGGCGCACACCGAAAUGCCCAGCGAGCAGGUUCCCUCAGACGGAGACGCUGUCGAGAAAGACGGACAGGAGAGUCCACAGGCGAGUCCAAGAGAGGCUCAGGGGCAGGAAGCGCAGGUCAUGGCGUCGGGAAGUGAGGUCGCUGAGAGUUCAGAGCUCCGUCCAGGUGAGAGUCCACAGGUGGAGGACGUCGGAGCACAGGUGACAGAUAGCGCUGACGAAGCCGGCCGGGCGGUCGAGAGCGACCUGAGCGAGAGGGAGAGUUCACCAGAGGACACGGGUACCGGGGAGGGACGAGAGGAGAGCGGGGGACAGUCCGAACUCCAGAACAGACAGGAAGAGGAAGUUAUCGUCAAAACGCAGGAGGACAAAGGUGAAGGUGAAGGCCCGGAGAGGGAGAGGGAGAGCGAGAGCGAGAGAGAGGAACGAGAGAGGACGCAAGCGGACACAGACACAGACACCGCGCAGGAGCAGAGAGACACUCCCUCGGAGAAGAGCACGGAGACGCCGCCACCGCUAAAAUCCACCAAGAAGGUGAGCUUCGAGGUGUCGACGGACCCCCCGAGAGGUCAGGAGGGGGGCACUGAGCGCUCAGACAAGACCCUGCUCAACGGAGACACCCCCGAACCCCCCCUCUCACCCGCAAAUGGUAGCUCCCACCACAAGGAGCAAAAGCGGCCCCCGAACAUCAACACUGAUAUCCAGAGCCACAUCUUGGACCCAAUGAAGAGCCCCAUGUCGCCAGGACCUGAUGGGGAGUUGACCCCCAACCGGCGCACCGUGAAGAAGACCCGUAAGUUCAUGGUGGACGGUCGCGAGGUCAGCGUCACGACCUCUAAGGUCAUCAAUGGAGAGGAUAAGAAGGAGGAGCAGAUGCGCUCAGUCAGGCGUCAGGAGCUGCACGCCCUGAAGCAGCUCCAGAGGGAAGAGCAGAGGGAGUACACACAGCUGGAGCAGAGACUACAGCAGCAGAGGGAGCAGAUGUUCCGCCACAUCGAGCAGGAGAUGACCAGUAAGAAGUCGUACUACGACGGCGAGCUGGAGCGUGUGGAGCGUCAGUACCAGCAGCAGAGCGGGCGCAUGGAGACGGAACACACGGCGCGGCUGACUGAGGAGGCGCGCAGACUCAAAGCCCAGCAGGAGAAGGAGCUCAGCCGCCGCACACAGGCCAGCAAGAGUGACCCCAAAGAGGAGCAGCGUUUCCUGCAGAAGCAGCAGCAGGAGUUGAAUGAGGCCCUGCAGAAAGCCGUGCAGGAACACAAGAGGAAGCUCACCUCCUUUGAGUGGGAGAUCACAGACAAAAUCAGACAGCUGAAACGAGCUCGAGAGUCUGUGAUCUGGGAGCUGGAGCAGCGCCACCUGCAGGAGAAAUACCACCUGUUCAAGCAGCAGGUGAAGGAGCAGUACUCCCUCCAGCGGCAGCAGCUCACCAAGAGGCACAUUAAGGAUAAAGAACGUGCGUCCCGGUUCCACCAGUCUCUGAUGGACGAGCAGAAGGCCCAGCAGAACCAGGAGCGGUCCCGGUUCCAGAGGACCCAGCGGGCUGAGGCCAAGACUCGACUCAGCACCUUCAAGGUGGAGCUGAGGAAGCAGGGGCUGGGUGGGGCCGAGUUCAGACAGCGCCUCACACAGUAUGUGGCGGACGAGGAGAGCAGGCAGCGGCAGGAGAGGCAGGCCCUGGUGCAGACUCAGGAGGUGCAGCUCAAGGAGGUGCAGGACCAGUGUGACGCCAACAUCGCAGAGCUGCAGCAGCUACAGAAUGAGAAGCUGCAGCUGCUGCUGGACAUGGAGAAGAAGAAGAUUAAGGGUCUGGAGGACGAACACACUCUGGAGCUGGACGAGUGGAGGAAGAAGCUGGCCUGCAGGAAAGAGGCGUUAGAGGAGGACCUGGCUCGGCGGCGCAGGGAGAAGGAGGGGGGUCGUGCCACUAGCUCAAGACGAGGCAGUGAACCCGAGAACAGACCCGCAGGACGCCGACCAAAGUUCUUCCCCAGUCUAAGUUUUUCUUAAUCCAAGGCUAUACUAUACAGUCUACCUACAGAACUCUCUGACACACACGAACACACACUGAGCCAGACACACACACACACACACACACACACACACACACACACACACACACACACACACACACACACACACACACACACACACACACACACACACACACACACACACUCACUCACUCAUAAACACACUCUGAAAACAAUGAAUGAAAAUACAGAAAUAUAACAUAUGUAAAUAAAUAUUUUGUUCUAUAAAUCUAUUAAAAAUUGGGCUUUUGUUUGGAAGUUAAUUGAACAACAA